ACCAGUCCCUAAGUUUUAUAUAGGUACUACUUUUAUUAGGCGACUAAAAUCAUCGAUAAUACUUGUUUAGUCAUUCAGUGACCCUAUAUAUAAGCAACAUUGUACUCGACUGACAACAAAUAGCGUCCGAGCGAACUCAGAAACAAGUUAUCGAGAUGCGUUCCGUCAGUAUAGUGUUGAUGCUCGUGUUGGUUGCAAUGGCGAGCUCCACCCCCGCUGGUGACAAACCGCAUUACGACGUACAAAAUGCUCAUGUGUAUUUCGAACAAUUUAUCAAGGACAACAACAGAGUGUACAAAGAUGACGCCGACAGGGAAGCACAUUUCCGUGCUUUUGUCGACAGUUUGGUAAAAAUCAAUAAGCUGAACGCAGAAAGCGACAGCGCCACAUACGGAAUCAACAAAUUCGCGGAUUACACUGAAGAAGAGAGGAAGAAUAUGUUCGGAUUUAAACGCCCCUAGGAUUAUACAUACUGCGUGUGAAAAUAAUUAAGUUUAUUUUUAUAAUGGAAAAAUUCAAAUAAAAAUUAUAUGUGUAUUGUUUUGUAUUCGAUAAAUUGAUAUUAAAUGCAUUGAAACUGCA